UCUCUUUCUUAACGUUUAUAUAGUUUUGACUUUCCUGCAGGUCUUUUCCUGAUACACAAGAAAAUGGAGCUUUCUUGUUUCUGUACUAAAGUGAUGACCUGUGUGUUGGCGACUUAUUAAAAUCUUUCGCGAAAUACAGCAAAGGAAUGGAGAAUGAUGAGGUGAUUCUAUUGGACUUCUGGGCUAGCAUGUUUGGUAUGAGGAUAAGGGUAGCAUUAGCUGAAAAGGAGAUUGAAUACGAGUUUAAGGAAGAAGUCGUGGGUGGCACUAAAAGUCCGCUGCUUUUAAAGAUGAAUCCCGUACACAAGAAAAUCCCGGUUUUGAUUCACAACGGAAAACCUGUUUGUGAAUCUCUCAUUGCAGUUGAGUACAUCGAUGAAGUCUGGAAGGACAAAGCGCCGUUGUUAUCCUCUGAUCCUUACGAGAGAGCACAAGCUAGGUUCUGGGCUGACUACAUUGACAAGUUGUAUGAUUUUGGGCGAAAAAUUUGGGAUGCCAAAGGAGAAGAGCAGGAGGUAGCUAAGAAGAACUUGAUAGAUUCACACAGGGUACUGGAGCGGGAAGCGUUGGGAGACAAGCCUUACUUUGGAGGGGAAAGCUUUGGUUUUGUGGAUGUUGCCCUGAUUGGGUUCUACAGCUGGUUUUAUACGUACGAAGCCUUUGGCAACUUCAGCAUGGAGGCCGAGUGCCCCAAGCUCGUUGCUUGGGGCAAGAGAUGCAUGCAGAGGGAGAGCAUCUUUAAGUCUUUACCCGACCCUCAUAAGAUCUAUGAGGUAAUACUCCAGUAUAGAAAGAAUGUUGGACUUGAAUAGACAUAUUAAUGUGUUUCAUAGUCUAUGAAAGGCGCUUAGUUCAGAAUUGGAGUAUGAGUAGACCUGUUUUCCGGGAAUAACAAGAGUCCUUGAUUCCUGGCUUGCGGAGUGUCAGUGUUGUUCUAUGUAAUUGUUCUGCUGCUUCUCUUUGGACUGAUGAACUGUCUAUUCAUAGAUGGUCGAGAUAUUGUAUUUUUCUCUUCUUUUCUCUUUUAUAGUUUUGGUUUGUGA